UUCUCAAAUUGAAUUUAAUUUUUUCCCACAAAUCAAAUCGAUUGAAUUUGAAUGGAACUGUCAUUCCUAAUUGCUUAGUUUUAAUUUGCAUCUUGUUAGGAAGAGAUUUUGUAAAAAGGGGAGUAGAUAAGCCAUAAGCCCGAACGAUACAACAUUAUCCUCUCCAUUUCACCCUUUCAAUCCCAUACCUCUUUCCUUCAACAAUGGAGGCUACCCUUUUCCUCUCCAAACCCCUUCCUACCAUCAAAUCCUCCCACUCAUUCUCUUCUUUCUACCCAAACCCAUUUCUUCCAUCAAAACCCCACAAAAUUUCCUUCUCCUCAAAAACCCAUAAACAAUCAUCUUCCAAUUUCACAAUCACAGCUGCAAUUAGCCGCACAAAGAAGGAAGAAACAGUUGAAACAGUUAAGAAUCACCUUGAAAACUGCUAUCUUUUGGCUGCUAUCAAUUACAAAGGUUUUACUGUUAAGCAAUUCCAAGAACUCAGGAAAUCACUCCCAGAAAAUACUACUCUCAUUGUUGCUAAAAAUACCCUUGUUGAGAAAGCUAUUCAAGAUACUCAAUGGGAAGCAAUUAAACCCUGUAUGAAAGGUAUGAAUGCUUGGCUAUUUGUUCAUACUGAAGAAAUCCCAGUUGCUAUUAAGCCUUAUAGAACAUUCCAGAAGGAAAAGAAGCUUGAAGAUAAUGACUUCACUGGUGCUUGUUUUGAGGGAAAGUUUUAUGGGCCUGAAGAAUUUAAGAGUUUGGAGACAUUGCCUUCAAGAGCUGAAAUUUAUGCUAAAUUGUUGGGUUCUUUGAAAAGCCCUGGAAAUGCUCUUGUGGGUACUCUUCAAGCUCCUGCUAGAGAUUUAGUUAUGGUUUUGAAGGCUUAUAUUAAGAAGCUGGAAGAUGAACAGCAGCAAGGAUGAGGUUUUAUUUUCUAAUUAUUGCAAGUUUCAUUUCUCUUUUGUGUAUCUUGGUGUUGGGAAUUUGAUUUUGUUGUUAUUAGUGGAGAUUUGUAGAUGUAACAUUGGAAAUUAUAAGUUGUAUGAUGCAUUUUUAAGAAAUUUUAAAGAAAUGGAACCAAAUUAUAUGAUCAAAUCUGUUUUUGUUCUUUCAA